AUGGAUCGUCCUACAGUGAUACCGGAUGAUCCGAGUUCCGAAAAAGAGAAAGAACAAGAAGAAGAACCGCAGAUUCUGGAGACGAUGUUUCCACUUGUGACCGAAGCUUCAGAGAAUUCAGAAGAAGUGAUGAAAACGUCAAUGGAUUCAGAAGACGAGAACAAAGAAGGGGAAUCAGAAUCAGAAUCAGAAUCUGAAUCAGAAGACGAGGAAGAACAGGAGAAUCGUAGACAGUGUGAAACAAAGGAAGAAAAGAUGGAACGUGUGAAGGAGAGAAUUGAAAAGAGAAAGGAGGCGGCGGCUGCGAAACGAUCCAUAAACAACUUGAGAUCUCCUGUAAUUUCUGUAGUUGGUUACUUUGGUUCUGGAAAGAUGGAUCUGCUGAAAAAUAUCAGAAGGACCAAUCUACACGAGGGAGAGUCUACGGAGGUGUCCGGCGAAGCUAUUCAAGAGAGGUGUCAAGAAGUUAAUGGAUUCUUGAUGGAGCAGAUGCAGAUUCCAGGACUUUUGGUUAUUGAUACAGCUGGUCACGAGAGUUUCUCGAAUCUGCGUACGUGUGGAUCGUCUCUCAGCGACAUGGCCAUACUCAUCGUCGAUAUUAUGGUCGGUUUGGAUUCACGAACAAUGGACUUGUUGAAAUUAUUGUACAAAGGGAAGACCCCAUUCGUAAUCGCUUUGAACAGAAUCGAUGGUCUGAGUGGGUACGAGUCAAAUUCCCGAAAAGAUGUGUACGAACUGCUGCAAUGUCAGAAAACAAGUGUCUAUUCGGAAUUCAAAGCGAGAGUGGAGAAAAUUGUGGGGGAAUUCGCUGACCAAAAGAUCAAUGUGGCACUUUCCAAUAGCAAACACGCUACGGAUCCAGACUACGUUAUCAUGAUACCGACGUCGGCAAAGAAGGGCGAUGGAAUCGGGAAUUUGCUGUCGUGUAUUGUCAAUGAGACGCAGACAAAGUAUGCUCAGAAAUUGGCGUAUUCAGAGGAGAUUGAUGCCACUAUUACGGAUCUCAAAGAGAUUCCUGGUGAGUUUUGGGAUGAAAAUGACUGA